UCAGGUAACUUUUCCCAUUUUGGGAUUUGGUGACAGCAACAGAGGUUCUCAGCUCAGUGAAUUUCAGAGCCACUGCAACAUGUCGGAGUCAGCGGAAGCUGUAGCAGCCGAUGUGAGCAGCAGGAGAAGUGUCACCAUUGAAAUCACAAAUGUCACCAACAACUACUGCCUCAUCAACCCCAAGGUGUACCUUGACAAUGGGGAGACAUACAACCCACCUCAGCCAACGGUGCGCCCUCUUAAGACAGAGGUUUGCACUUUCACCAAGUCGAGUGGCAAAGCAACCGGCAGCGUUGGUGUAAUGACCUACGACCUUUACGAGCGGUCACAGAAGGACCACAUUGAGACUGUGGCAAUCAUGUUCUCAAUUCCCUGGGACUACAACCUGUACAAGAACUGGUUUGCAGUGGGAAUCUAUAAAAAGGGCCGUAACUGUGAUAGGGAUUUGUACAAAGAAAUGUACUAUGAAAAGAACCAGCAUGAGCACGGGUUUGUCAGGGAGGAAGCCAAUGGGUCAGGAAUCAAUUAUGUGGGCAACUACCUAGAUAUCAAGGCGACCAUGUGUCCCCUUGGCAAAGCAAUCAUGAAGGUGGAGGUGUGGGAUAAGCUUUUCACACCCAUGAGUCAGCAGGCGUGCUAGAGACCCCUCCUAACCACUGUUUCCAUCAUGUGUCCCGACAACAGAAUUCAUCCCUCCACCUCAAGCUUUUACCUGUCAAACAGUCAACACGCAUGAUUUAGCAGGUGUAUUGUUGCUGACAUGUGUCUGUAUAUCUGGGCGUUACCUUUCAGUAAAUAUGCUUUGGAACAUGGUUUAUUUUGUUUAUAAAUCCGGGAAGCAAUAUCCGCAUUUAUAGCCGAAGCCUCUGUCUGUUUCAAUAGCAUCUGGUUUUAAAAAUGGCAUCUUUAGAAAUGUGAAAUCAAAGGAUGACUCACUGGAGGAUGAGGGCACAUAGCUUAAUAAAACACACUGAGAGCUUGUCUGUAUUUACCUUGACACUGUA